CUCGCCAUGUCGAGCGACUCAACUAUACGCCAACGCAGGGUCCCAGGUGGCUCUGGUCAAGCAGGUGCCUAUGACCAGGACGGAGAGGACCACGUCAACACUGUCUACCAGAACCCGAGGGCGCGCAGUCAAUGGGAGCAGCUCCUUGACACGCCGCGCGCCAGCAUGGCCGUGGUCGGCGUGCUCACCACCCUCGCGUUCGCGCUCCGCUUCUACAAAAUCAACCACCCAGACCAAGUAGUGUUCGACGAAGUGCACUUUGGCAAAUUCGCGGCCUAUUACAUCCUGCGCGAAUACUACUUUGACGUCCACCCACCGCUCACCAAGCUUCUCUUCGGCCUUGCCGGCUGGUUCGUUGGCUUCGAUGGCAACUUCACGUUCGACAACAUCGGCGACAGCUACACGGAGAACCAUGUCCCAUACGUCGGCAUGCGCGCCAUGCCAGCCAUCUUUGGUAGCUUGACGGUCCCGGCUGUGUACGCUAUCAUGAAGGAGAGCGGCUACUCGACCAUUGUCGCUGCUUUCUCCGCUUCCAUUAUUCUUUUUGACAACGCACACAUCGCCCAGUCUCGUCUGAUGUUGCUCGAUGCUCCUUUCAUUUUCUUCAUGUCGAUGACCAUUUACUCUUACAUCCGCUGGCGCAAGCUGCGUUACCACGAGUUCUCAGUCGAAUGGUGGAGCUGGCUCUUCGGGACUGGUUUCUGGAUGGCUUGUACCUGGGGUUCCAAGGUGAACGGUGUCCUGACGGUUGUGACGAUCGGCAUUGCCGUUCUCAUUGACCUCUGGGACAUGUUGGACUGGAAGAAGAAUGGUUAUACCAUGGAACACUUCUGGAAACAUUUCGGUGCUCGCGCCGCUGGUCUUAUAGCCUGGCCUGUUGUCCUCUACCUGAUAUUCUUCUGGUUCCACUUUACGGUCCUCAUCUACUCUGGCGCUGGCGAUUCCUUCAUGAGCCCGGCGUUCCAGGAGACGUUGAUCGGUAACGAACUUCUCAUGAACAGUCAAGACCUCCAUUAUUACGACAUUAUCACCAUCAAACACAAGGAUACUAAGGUUUUCCUCCAUUCACACCCCGAGACUUACCCUUUGAGGUAUGACGAUGGUCGCAUUAGUAGCCAGGGACAGCAGGUUACUGGCUACGCUCAUGACGACACCAACAACCACUGGCAAAUUAUCCCCACCAAAUCUCUCCCCGACUGGCACCAGGCUCGCAUCGUCCGCCACGAGGAUGUCAUUCAGCUGCUGCACGUCAACACUCAGACUCUCCUCAUGACACACGACGUCGCCUCGUCACUGAUGGCCACCAACCAGGAGUUCACGACGUGGCCCAGGGAAGAUCAGACCCGCUACAACGACACUUUGUUCCACCUGGAGGUCGUCGACGGUGUCAUUGCCGAGGCGUGGAAGAGCAAGUCGAGUCACUUCCGCCUUGUUCACGUCCCAACGCGCGUGAGCAUGUGGACGUAUAGCAGCCAGCUGCCCGAAUGGGCGUUCAAGCAGCAGGAGGUCAACGGGAACAAGAACCCGACGGAUAAGUCAGCUGCUUGGGUUGUCAGCGAUAUUCUUGAGACGGACGCACCUGUCGAUCUUGAGAACCAGCAGCCCAAGGAGCCCAAGAAGCUGGGUUUCUUUAGGAAGUUUGCUGAGCUCCAGGUGCUGAUGCUCCAGCACAACGCUGGCCUGACGGCCUCGCACCCUUACGCAUCUGGCCCGAUCAACUGGCCGUUCCUCAUCAGUGGCAUCAGCUUCUGGACAGAGAAUGACUCCCAGAAGCAGAUUUAUCUCAUUGGUAACCUUAUUGGCUGGUGGGCCUCUGUUGUCGCGCUGUCGAUCUACUUCGGUAUUGUCGGCGCUGACCUGUUGGCUCGUCGCCGUGAUGUCUACCCUGUCCCCGAUGAGGUCCGCAACCGCCUGUGGAACUCGGCCGGCUUCUUCGUCCUCGUAUGGGCCGUGCACUAUCUCCCCUUCUUCCUGAUGGGCCGCCAGCUGUUCAUUCACCACUACCUGCCAUCACACCUCGCGUCCGCGAUGGUAGCAGGGGCCGUGCUGAACUUUGUAAUCUCCGAAACGAUCAACUUCCCUGUAUCUAUCGCUGGUCGCUCGACCAAGAUGCGCCCGUCGCAGUAUGCGGAUCUGGGCAUCCGGGGUCCUGUUAUCACUGGUCUCUUUAUUUUUGCUCUGUUCUUGAUGUUUAUGUUCCUUGCGCCGUUGACUUACGGUACUCCUGGAUUGGACGGCGACACUGUCAAUGCGAAGCGGCUGCUGUCAAGCUGGACGCUCCACUUUGCGGCCAAGGUUACCGAUGGUCAAUCUUGAUUUUGGAUGUUGCUUUUUGGAUGGAACGGGGUCGCAGAGUAUAGACGCUCGAGUGGUUGCGAGAGAUGUUGGAGAUAUAUGAAUAUGCGAUACCGGCCUGCUAACUGUUUCCAUAUAAUGAAUGCAAUCAUACCUUGC